CCUUCGAAGUGUACAUCGAAGAUGUAACAAAUAGCGGAAUUUGGAGAAGAUGGCCCUCGGUCUUUCAAGUCAAGUAACUUUGGGAGCUCUGGCUCUUCUGUGGUCAUUUUUACUGCUGCAUGGUGUGUGUGCCGAUGCAGACACUGAGAGUCAUGACAGUCACACUGAAACUAAAAAAAGCACCGACCACCAAACUGAGGAUAUAAAAAAAGGUGGAAAGGGAGGCGGGGCUGUUUUGGGGGUCUCCCUUGUGUUAGGUGCCGGGGUCGCUAUCGGCAUCGCACUCUGGCUGAAGAGCAAGUUUACCAAGAAGUCUCCCCUGAAGGCUCUCAUAGAUUCUACAGUCAAGUACCCACUCAGGCUCGUUGAUAAGGAGGAAAUCAGCCAUGAUACGAGGCGGUUCCGCUUUGCUCUUCCAUCUCCAAAACACAUUCUUGGUCUUCCAGUCGGUCAACAUAUCUACCUAAGCGCUAGGAUUGACGGCUCCCUGGUUGUCCGACCGUACACCCCAGUAACCAGUGAUGAUGAUGCAGGCUACAUGGACCUGGUCAUUAAGGUGUACUUCAAGAAUGUGCAUCCCAAGUUCCCAGAGGGCGGUAAGAUGUCUCAGCAUCUCAACAAUAUGGACAUCAAUGACUACAUCGACGUGAGGGGACCGAGUGGAAACUUGAUCUAUGAAGGAGAAGGUGUCUUCUCAAUCUCGAGCAAGGACAAGAAGCUUCCAGCAAGGAAGGUCAAGGCCAAGAACAUUGGAAUGAUUGCUGGUGGAACUGGAAUCACCCCAAUGCUUCAGCUGGUCCGUCAAGUAUUCAAGGAGAAUACUGAUGAUAUCAACUUAUGGCUACUCUUCGCUAACCAGACUGAAAAUGACAUUCUGCUGAGGGCUGAAUUGGAAGAGGUUGAAUCGGAGAACCGUGACCGCUUCAAGCUCUGGUACACUGUGGACAAAGCCCCUGAAUCUGGUUGGACAUACAGCGAGGGCUUCGUCAACGACACCAUAAUCAAGGAGCACCUUCCCCCACCCGGGGCAGACACCCUCAUCCUGAUGUGUGGCCCACCGCCAAUGAUCAACUUUGCCUGUCUACCAAACCUCGACAAGCUGGGUUAUGAUAAUGACAUGAGAUUCGCAUACUAAAUACCAGAAAUACAUUGAACUGUAUAAAGCUUAGUGAUUCUCUUUUGACCAAACAAACAGACUGAGUAAUUAGAUCUUACUUGUCACUGUGUAACAAGUUGCAAUCUUCAUCAGUUGACCAUACAACUUUUCACAACUACAGUGAACCUCUUAUUAGGACACCCUUGGGCCUGAUAAAUGUUGUCCUUUGGGAAGUGUCCUGAUUACAGAGGUUUAAUUGAAUAGAAAUGACUAAGUUGGGAUCAAAAUCAGAGGUUUUAAUCACUCGAGUUUGUUUUGUACAAAAUGAUUAAUUGAUUACAAUGACCCUUGUCAUGAAGGUUGCCUUCCCGUGUCGUACUUAAAGGGAAGUUACAGAAUCAUUUGGCUCCUUCAAUUUCCACUAUUUUGUAAGAAAAUACGAGAGUGUUGAAAUAAUAUAGAUUAUGAAUCUAGCUUGGGUGAUAUGAAUCAACUGCACUGCUUUUUAACUGUAAUGGUGACAUGAACUUAACUUGUGGGCUUAAUGUGCUAAACUUCUACCUGUACUCUUGUCGCUGGGUUCUGAAAUAUAAACUACAUGUAUAGCUUUGUUGAGGGCAGAAUCGUAUUGUUAUUUUCUCUAAGAGUCCGAUGAGUGACUCCCAGUAUGAGUGACUCUCAGUUGUUAAAUGCAUGUUUGUGGUUGCUAGGCACCUAAGGUGUUGGACAUAAAAUACACAUUACUUAUUAACUAGAUUGGUUGAGGUGGAUAAAAAUAGUUUUAAAUGUGUUUGGUGAGAUUGUGAAUAUGGAGAAGUCUAAUCCUGUCAAUACUUUCUCUCAAAAAGGCUGAGCCAACAAAGACCGUUUGAACUGAGUAGAAUUGGUCUUGUUACAUUCCCCUCUUGUGCAACCAAGAGGCUCCAUGUAUUAAUUCUUAAUUGUAUUUAUACGUAAUCACUUUCAGCUUUGGUAAGAUCUUUGGUUCACCGUGAGGGGAGUCUAUACAAUAGCCCUGUUUUCUCAUCACUCAAGUCAAUGUCAGUAGAAAUAACCGAGUUGUUAUACACUCCUUACAUUGUCAUUGUCUUAUCUAUUUAUGUUAAUUUCAAUAAUUACAUUAAAAUCCUUGUAUCAUUUGA